AAGCCGGCGCAUUUCUUCGUCUUGUUCAGCAAAUCAACAACAGAUGUUUUAAUUGAGUUGAGUAAAAGAGGAGGUUAUUUAUUUCACUUACAUGACAAUUGCCAAUAAUUGCGCCAAGACAUCAUAAAAAUACUAAAACUUCCAACUUAAAAACAAGGUUCGGCUAAUUCAGCUGCUUCGGAGAGUGUGUGAAAUCUGAAGUUUAAUAUGGUAGGCUCGGUUGUCGGUCGCUACGCUUUAUAUAGCACUUUAUUAAUCGUGCUGUCGAAAAUUGUUUAUCAUGGUUAUCGAGCGUUAAAAACAUGGUGCUUUCAUGGAUGGUAUAAUGCGGAAAGACAACUAUCUAUAGUCAUUUUUUGCAGCAGUGGGUCAAAUGAAUCUUCUAAAAACCAUCACAACUGUUCUAAAGUUUCUGACACCAAUUCGCAAACAACUAAAAUAUCAAUUGACAAACUACAGAUUAUGGAGAGAGAAUCUGUCUGUUCAAACGCAUAUUGCAUGGCUUCUAAUAUAGGGCUUUUAGUGGAUUUGAUAAAAGCGACAGAAUGCACCAUAGAUAUAGCUAUGAACACUUUCACUUCAUUUGAAAUGUCGUCGGCUUUAUUGGCUGCGUCAAGACGCGGCGUUAUAAUUCGCAUCAUAAGCGAUCAUGAAAUGGCUUAUUCGACGAGAUCGCAGGUUUUCCCAUUACAGAAAUCCGGUGUAGAAGUACGUCUAAAUUCAAAUUCAACUUCAGGUACUAUGCAUCACAAGUUCUGCUUGCUUGACUCGCCGUCAAGAAUCAGUUCGUUAAAAACACAAAAAGAGGUUAAAGAUAUGACCAGCGUAAAUGGUAUUAUGAUGACAGGAUCCUUAAAUUGGACCGCUCAAGGUUUCAGCGGUAAUUUCGAAAAUGUUCUCUUGACUAAUCAAAAAGAAAUAAUACAAAAAUAUUCAUACGAAUUUCAACGCUUGUGGGAAUUAUUUGCUUCUUCUUAGAAAAAGAAAAUAAGCGUAUAGGGUUCUACUUUUUUAAUAUUUUUACUCCGUAAGAAUUAAGUUUGCUUUUACUUUGUUCUCCAGUAUAAUU